AUGAUCCCACCUUCAUUCUCAGAUCUAGGUAAAGAUGCAAGGGAUUUGCUUACCAAAAAAUUUCAUUUUGGACUAUACAAUUUUCAAUGUACUACGAAACACAAUGACAUAGAGUUUAAAGCCAACAUAAGUGAUGGACCGAAACCAAAUAAAAUGUAUUUCGAUCUUCAACAGAAGUUAUCUUACCCAAAGUAUGGUUUGAGUUUGACAAAAAAAUGGGCUUCUAACAAUGUUGUCGAUGCGGAAAUAGCUUUUGAGGAUAAGUUACUCGAUGGUCUAAAGCAAACAUUUAAGAUAUCUCAUGAUCCCUUUCAAAAGCGAUUCCAUGCUAAUCUAAUUAACUGUUUUCGAAAUGAAAAUGUAAACUCGAAUGUUGAAAUGUUUUUCAAGUCUGCUGUGCCUGAUUUAUCACCAUCAGUUGUCAUUAGCUAUCAAGGAUAUUUGAUUGGUGCUGAUGUUAAAUUGGACUGUGAAAAUCGUAUUCUACAAAAGGCUAAUUUUGCUAUUGGUUAUGCUGUACAAGAUUUUGCAUUUCAUGGUUUAAUCACCAAUUGGGGUAAACAAUUUUCAGCCAGUAUAUUUCAACGGAUAACUGAUCGAACUCAUAUAGCAGGUUCAGUGACAUGGAAACGUGUUCCUGAUGAAAUCGCCUGGUCUGCUGGUAUUCAGCAUAUAUUAGAUAAUCGAAAGAAGCAUUCAGUGAAAUUGAGAUUAGAUCAUUGGAAUCAGAUCAGUUUGGCGUUUACAACCUAUUUGACAAAAAGUCUACAGUGUACGCUGAGCGGUGUUUUCAACGGUCCUGAUAUACCUAAAAUGGGUAUUGGUUUUGAAUUGAACUAUUAA